AUGCACCAAAUACGACUUUCAUUAGAACCACCCACCAGACAUCGAGAGAUACAGUUGCUACCAAUGCUCGAGGUUUCUAUGCUAAUUAGUUUGAAACUCGGACAGACACUGACAAAGGCAAGCUCACUUCUGGAGAUGGAUGAUCCGAUAUUUUCAACCCUGCAAGAUGUUAACUAUACACACCCAUCACAGUCACCUCAACCUCAAGAGUCAAGAUCUUCAAAGGAAUGUGUUAGGCCCUUGCUAGUGUAUACAAGAAGAAAGGCUAAUAGCAGAAAGAAUAAGAGCCCAAGAACUAAAGCUUCAGGCCCAGACGAGUAG